AAGGACCGACUUGAGCCUUGAGACCUCACGACUUAAGACUUGAGGGACGCGCGCGCGUACCGCCGUCUCCAUCACACCGCCGUCUCCAUCACGUCUGCACCCGAGCAAAGGGGACCGCCGGAGAAUAAACCGAGGAACCGGAGGGACACAAAGUGCACGAGACUGGAAGCGAGACGCUGCAGAGAUGGGUCUGUCGAACUGUGCCAAGAGAUUAGCAUGCCUCUUCUCUCUCCUUGCAUCCUUUCUCCUUCUUCUCUGCUCCGGGGAGAAAACAUGCCCCUACAGCUGCCGAUGCGAGGGUAAAAUCGUCCAUUGUGACUCGGCAUCUUUCAUCGACGUCCCUGAGAACAUUUCAGUAACUUGCCAGGGUUUGUCUCUGCGAAACAAUGACUUGCACACAAUGCUCCCUUACCAGUUUGCCCACUUGAACCAGCUCCUCUGGAUCUACCUGGACCACAAUCAGAUCUCAUUUGUAGACAGCCGUGCUUUCCAGGGCGUACGACGGCUAAAGGAGUUGGUCUUGAGCACCAACAGGAUCUCACAGCUACACAAUGCUACCUUCCACGGCGUGCCAAAUCUGCGCAGCCUGGACCUGUCCUAUAAUAAGCUCCAGGAAUUGCAGCCAGGUCAGUUCCAUGGCCUUCGAAAGCUACAAAAUCUGCAUCUACGCUCCAACGGGCUCACGACAAUUCCUGUUCGGGCUUUUAUAGAGUGUAGAAGCUUGGAGUUUUUGGAUCUGGGGUACAAUCGACUCCGUGUGCUCACACGUACCACAUUCUUGGGUUUAUCUCGGCUGAUGGAACUGCACCUGGAGCACAAUCAGUUCUCUCGUAUCAACUUCUUUCUUUUUCCACGCCUUGCAAACCUCCGUGGGUUGUAUCUCCAGUGGAAUCGUAUCCGAGCAGUGAACCAAGGCUUCCCCUGGAUGUGGAAUACCCUACAGAAGCUGGAUCUGUCUGGCAAUGAGAUUCAGAGUCUGGAUCCUGUGGUGUUCCAAUGCUUGCCAAAUCUUCAGGUUCUUAACUUGGAGUCUAACAAGCUUGCUAAUGUGUCCCAUGAGACGGUGGCAUCCUGGAUUUCCCUCGCAACAAUUAGCCUUGCUGGGAAUGUUUGGGAUUGUGGGCCAGGUAUCUGUCCUCUUGUCGCUUGGUUAAAGAAUUUCCGUGGAACUAAGGACACGAGUAUCAUUUGCAGCAGCCCUAAACAUCUUCAAGGGGAAAAGGUCAUGGAAGCAACAAAAAAUUAUAUAGAUUGUGAAGAUUUUGAACUCUUCCCCCAAACACCUUUUCCUCCCCACAAUUGGGAGUCAAGUAUGGAAACUACCCCUGAGCCAAUCUUGGCUUUGACAACUCCCGAACUACCCCUGCCUCCCGCCACCUCUGAAGCACCCAUUCCACCAUUGGUUGUUCAACCUCUUCCUUACCCUACGAUCCCUGAAACUAACCACAGAGACACCCCUGCGGAUACACCACCACCUUCCAACAGUCUGCUAGUGACGCCAUCUCCAGAACAAGAGGACUUAUCCUUCCAUAAGUUCGUGGUUGGUGGUGUGGCACUUUUCUUUACAACAUCACUCAUCUUAAUGGUUAUAUACGUGUCCUGUAGACGGUACCCUGGAGCCACAAGGCUGUUACAGCAGCGAUCUGUGGUCGGACGGAAGCGACGGAAAAAGAGUCCUGAGCCAGAACAGAACCUGAGCUCCCAACUGCAGGAAUAUUACAUGAGCUACAACCCUGCUGCUACACCAGAAGCCAUGGAUGUACUGGCCAACGGGACUGGCACUUGCACAUGUACCAUAUCCGGCUCCAGGGAAUGUGAGAACGAAUACGUGUGUCCCAGACCGCUUCCUCGAGCCUGGAUCGGAGACGUUCCCACAAUUCACUAAACGGACUUCUAUUCCUACUUCAUCAAAUGUAACAGGGUUCCUGUAAAGAUUUUUUUCCAUGGCAUCAUACAACGCCUUACACUUCGUCCGUUUCCUUUCGUUCGGAUUGUAGGAGCGCGUCAGAGAUGCGAACGAGCGAGUCGUCGUUUCCCAGAAUCCUUUUGUAUUAUAAUGAUCGAGACAGAUUUUUGCAAUGACAAAAAAAAAAAAUCUUUUAAUCGCCUGCCAUUUUUUUAGGAGCUUCUCCGUUAGAGCUUUGUGAAACCGACUCGUGAAGGACAGCUUGGACGUGGACGUGGACGUUUUCAUUGGUGCCUUUUGUGCAUUUUGUUCUCGUCCAUUUUUUAUCCGGCAGGAAUAAACGAUCCGUAAACUUAGCGAGCAGGAUGGAGGAGAACCUCCUGGAUUUUCACUGGUACUCUUCUUCAUCUUCAUUGCCGUCAGAAUAAAAAAACAAAAAAAAGAAAAGAAGGGAUUUUAUUCAUAUUUUUUUUCCGUGCUAUUUAACGAUCUUGUGAGGACUUUGUGAUGACCCUCGUAUGAGAUUUCUUGUUGGUUGAACACACAGCAGUCUUGUUUACAACCUCAGCAUGAAGACGGAGGGUCACGAACACUUUCACACUGACUGUGUGUGUGUGUGUGUGUGUGUGUGUGUGUGUGUGUGUGUACAUACUUAAUUAAGGGACAAAGACGUGUGCAUGACAUUCGGAUGUCAACAUCGUUGUACGAACUUUAUUGUUGGUUUCUUGACUUCUAAACUCUGUAUAAUGUUCCAGUCUGCGUUCACACCAGCAAGCGACAAAGUGACAUCAUUUCCUUAAUGUUUA